CGCAUAGAAAACGGAGUGAGCCUCGGAGAGACAACCAGUCCCUCGACGAACUUCUCAGGAGAAAGACACGCUCCCAGGCCAGUCUUGUUCCCCAGUCUUCUCUCGCGUUUACAUGACCCCUCUCACCGCCCCGUGUCACUCUCACCUCUCACAAGGCAGCGAGCAGUACCUCUCACCGCACGAGGACUCUUGGGUAACGUGACGCAGAGGUAGCGCCCUGGAACCCUGAGAUUUAGAGGGCAAGUCAAGUUUUACCAAGUCAGCCAUCGAGUCGCGCUAACUUGAGCUCUGGUGGCGGUGUCCCCGAUGGAUGCAGUGUGCGAAAGGGUGCGUCGCGUGGCGGUGAUCAGUGAUGAUGACCAUAUUGUUCCCGACUGUGACGACCACAUGAGUGAACACCACCACCACCACCACCACUACCACCACCACCUCCACCACGACAACGCCCAGGCCCUCCCGCCGUGUCCCUCUGAUCCGGCCGAGCUGGACCGGUACCUCCCCAGCCUGCAGGAGGGGUCCGUGCAACCUCGCCGGGACUCCGCCUCGCAGAUCAACGACUUCUUCAAUGACGAGGGCGACGCGAGGGACCCCGCGGCGUGUGGGUGGGCGGGCGGCGGGCGGCGGGGCGGCAGCAGCACCUACGUGUCCCCCUUAAGCCAGCGUGACGUGUUUGACGAGGACGUGUUCAUCAAGCCGGAGCCCGUGACGCUCAACGUGUGGGAGGACGUGGGCCCGUCCCUGCGCCAGCUGGAGGCGGAGGCCCAGGAGGUGCUGCAGCCCCCUCUGGUACACUACCCCCCAUCACCCCCAAGCUGGAAGACGCCCCCUUCGCCCCGUGCCAGCUGUCAGUGGAGGGCCUGUCCACCCCCUCCCCGCCCCCGCCCCCACAACUCCUGCCGCAGAGACUCCCCCUGCCCUCCACCCCCACACUCAUCCCCACUUCCACCCACCCAGCCUUCAGAUUCCCCUCCACCAGCACAGUGGGGCCCUCUCCGCGCCUGUGCAUGCCCCCCACGCCCCCCGCCUCUGACCACGGCUCUCCUGCUGACCUCAACUUCCGCCGGACACCCCCGCCGCCCUACGUGGUGCCCCUCUCCCCCUCCCCCUCGGGGAUCAGCGGGGUGGGGGGCGCCUCCACGUGCACGGCGGGGCUGGGAGGGGGCGGACCCAGCCUGGCGUCGCCCCCCUGCCCGCCAACCUGCUGGGGGAACCUGGGGUGGUGAAAUACUCCAGAAGAAAUAACCCCGAGCUGGAGAAGAGACGCAUCCACCACUGUGACUUCAUGGGCUGCACCAAAGUCUACACCAAGUCGUCACACCUGAAGGCUCACCAGAGGAUACACACAGGUGAAAAGCCGUACAGGUGUCAAUGGCCGGAGUGCCAGUGGAGGUUUGCGCGGUCAGACGAGCUCACCAGGCACUACAGG